AUGUCUCACUCCCUACCAUCGAAUUCUCGCCGAUCCUCUUAUUACCACGGUCCCGCCCCUCCACAACCACCGGCCGCUUCCUGUGCCACCGGAGGCCACCAGCACCAUGGGGAGGACCCGCAGAAGAUGGCUGCGGAUCAGGCGUACAAAGCUAUGUUCGCCUCCCACGAACGCGCCGUAUUCCAAGACGAAGCGCGCGCGCGCGCCCGACGCCGCGAUGCAGCUCGCAACCGCGCCUUAUUCCGCGGCCGCUUCUUCAAGCGCCCCGAGUUCUACGCCAUCUCGCUCGGUAUUAUCGGCCUACUGUACCCCGUCGUAAACGAGUAUUUCAUACAGCCGUGGGUCGACCGAUUGAGUAAGGGGAACGGGGUGGAUUCUUAG